AUGACUCAACCAAACACAGGAUUAAAUGUGAUCGCCCUGAUAUCAGGUGGAAAAGACUCUUUCUACUCAAUCCUCCACUGCAUUCGCAACGGCCACAAAGUAGUAGCCCUAGCAAACCUCUACCCAGAACCGUCCCCAUCCACCAAAGCCAACAACGACAAUGGCACCAAAGAGGACGAAGACGAGGACAUCGACAGCUUCAUGUACCAAACAAUUGGCCACAGCAUAAUUCCACUGUACGAAGAAGCCCUCGGCAUCCCGCUGUACAGACAAGUCAUCAAAGGGAAUGCAAUUGAUACAUCCCGCAUCUACAAAAAUACCACUACAACCAACACCGCUCCCGCCCAAAGCGAAGAAACAGACAUCGACGAGACAGAAUCCCUCGUCCCCCUCCUGACAAGAAUCAAACAAGCACACCCAGAAGCAAACGCCGUCUCAGCAGGCGCAAUCUUAUCAACAUAUCAACGAACCCGAAUCGAGAAUAUAGCCGGCCGACUGGGCUUAACCCCCUUGGCUUGGUUAUGGCAGUAUCCAAUUCUUCCAGCGCCGGAUGCACGCAGAGUUGAUCCGUUGGCUGUGGCGCAGGCUGGGUUGUUGGAGGAUAUGGCUGCUGUGGGAUGUAAUGCACGCAUUAUCAAGGUUGCUUCGGGGGGGUUGGAUGAGGGGUUUCUCUGGGAGGAUGUUUCGGGGGAUGGAAUUGAGGGGAGGAGAGUGAGGGGUCGCAUUGGGAAGGCCAUGGGGCGAUUUGCGGGGGGUGAGGAUGUUAGGGGUGCUGUUUUGGGUGAGGGGGGUGAGUAUGAGACUCUUGCGCUUGAUGGACCAGACUUUUUGUGGAGGCGGCGAAUCGGGGUUGAGCGGGUUGAGGUGAAGACCGGGGAGGGUGGUGUUGCUUUUGUGAAGGUUGUUGGUGCUAGGUGUGAAGUCAAGGAGAGGGGUGACGGGGUUGUUCCUGGAGAUGUUAGGAGGCCUGCGCUGUUGGACGAUGCUUUUCGGAAUGCUUUGGAGGGAGAGAGGAGGACUGAGGGUGGCUCGGUAGGGGAUUCAGUAGUUGGGCCGAGUGUCUUUUCUCCGUCCCCUGAGUGGACUGCCCGUGAACCUGUGCAUCGGCAGACUGGUUUGUCGUGGACUUUCUCCAAUAUUAUUGCCCCCGAGGCUGGUCCUGGGGCAGAAGAGCAGAUGAAGGGCAUUGCGGUCAAGGUUGAGCAAGCGCUGAAGGAUUUCUCUCACGCUGAGUCUGGACCACGAUCAACAGAUGACAUUGCUUUUGCUACGGUACUGCUCAACUCAAUGGCCGACUUUGGUUCAAUGAAUAAUGUUUAUGUGUCGUUAUUCAACAAGCCCAAUCCUCCGGCGCGAGUCACAGUUGCCUGCGGAGAUCGCCUGCCAUCCAAUGUCAAGGUGAUGGUCUCCUUUGUGGUUGAUCUAGGUGCGAGAGAUAUGCGUCAGGGUCUGCACGUUCAAUCACGAUCAUACUGGGCUCCGGCAAACAUCGGACCUUAUUCACAAGCCAUGUCCGUUCCACUGCAGAACAACAACAGAUUGGUACACAUCGCUGGCCAGAUUCCUCUGGACCCUGCUUCCAUGGAUCUGGCACAACAAGAAAAUACCCCAUUUGAAGACUACCGUCUACGAGCCGUGCUAGCUCUCCAGCAUCUUUGGAGAAUUGGCGAAGCCACACAGGUUGACUGGUGGCUUGGUGUCGUGGCCUUUUUGGCGCGAGGAGAACAGGCCGAUGCCCAGGCCCGAGUUGCAUGGCGCCUCUGGGAAAAGAUGCAUGCUUUACCCAGCAACGAAGACGAGGAUGACGAUGAGGGCCCUCAGCUGGAUGCAUGGGAUCUCAAAUAUGGACGUCGCACGGAAGAAGUGAUUCCUAAUGCUACCACACUCUCUAUACCCAAGUUCACUGCCCUCAAUUCCGAGUCUGCUACAUCUAUUCCACCAUUUCUGGCUGUUCAGGUCGAUGAACUCCCACGAGGAAGUGAUAUUGAAUGGCAAGGACUGGGUGGUCGAUGCGAACAGGUUAAGCUUGGCACCGCCCGAGGCCCAGCUUAUACCACCACCAUGGACGGCGAAUUUACCUACACUAGUAUUGAAGUUGAGGCUGGAUUGUCUGACGAUGCAUGGGACGACCGCUUGGAUUCGGUCAUAAAGACCCACUGUCAGAAUCCUAGCCUGUCUCAGGCCGUGCUGUACACCACCUAUUCGUUGCCCGAAGCUUGGCCAGGACAGGUUGUCCCAUGCCGAUCGGUUUGGGGGUGUGGUGGACGAAAAUUGGGUGCAGGCGUGGUCUUGCAACAAUUACAGUAG